GAACAUUCCCUGUUCUACCUACAUCAAUCCACAGAAGAUUCAUCUCAUACAUAGAGACUCCACACCAAGCUUUUUCAAGGCGGUUUUGAAAAUGACAGGGGUUGACAUUGAGAUGGAGUUAUUCGGUGAUGAUGAGAGGAUUGCAUGGAAAGAAGUGGUAUCACAAGAUGAAUACAUCACUGCCACCCAUUCAACAACAUUAACAGUCCCUGACAUUCCUGCUGAGGAGUUUCUGAAGAAACACUGGGCUAAACUAAUUCAGCGAACCAAAAACUCAAUGCCAAUAGCAGAUGAUCUGUGGUCAAAGAACAUGAUUGGUGAAGAAGAGCACUCCAGAAUAACAGCUGAAACAACUGAACAGGACCGAAUGAGAAAACUACUGAAAGCAGUCAUCUCCAAAGGACCAGAAGUGACGGGAGCUUGUCUCAAAGCUCUCGUUGAACAUGAAAACCAUCUUGUUAAGGACUUGAGUGAAUCUAGAACCUAAUCUGAAGACGCUGAGGCCUGUCUCCUAGUCUGU